CGUGAUGGUGCGGCGCGAAGGCCGCUGGGGGAAGCUCUGCGCCAAGGGGGUCGUCGGGAACGACUCGGCCCCGGAAAGGGUCCCGGAGCAGGACAAGGUAGGCUCCUGGGGGCCGUUGCAGCUCGGCGAGGUGGUGUGCAGAGCGCUGACAUUCAGCGGCGUGGAGACGGCGCAACUGGCGACCGACGAGCAGAGGGUGGCGGACGACUCGCCCUUCUUCGAGACGGCCAGCGUGAACGCGACGGAGCAGAACAAGGGGAGACAGCAGACAUUCGUUGAGUCGACGUGUCCAAGCCGGCAGGUUCUGAGAGUGUCCUGCAAGAGCCUUCAGUGCGGGGAGCGCCCCCAAGCCACCUCUCACUGGGCGAGGUCUGCGGUUGCGGCGGGUCCGGUGGUGGCCACCUCCACGGCCUCCAGCGCGGCCUCCAGCGCGGCUGGCCGGCGGGCGCGCAUCGUGGGCGGCACCAACUCGGGCCCGGGGGCGUGGCCGUGGCAGGCAGCCCUGUACAAGGAGGGCGAGUUCCAGUGCGGGGCCACGCUCAUCUCGGACCGCUGGCUGCUGUCGGCCGGCCACUGCUUCUACCA